AUGGCGCUGUUCCCUACGAGGGCCGAGGCCAUGGCGUGGCAAAGCAUCAGCGAGCUGGUCACAUGGGCCGGCCUCAACAUCGACGCUUUCAAGGCCUUCGAGGAAGUCGUGGGCCAUCUUGGUAGCAACAUCCGCAACGUCGCACUCCUCCCGGCCGAUGCGAUCGUUGCGGCGGGAACGUACGCCAAGCUCAAUGGCGCAGCGCUCCACCCAAUUCAGAUAGUGCAGUGGGGGCUUGUGUGGCGCCUGGCGCGCCAGAUCGCCCUCGCAGCCGAGGGGGGCCCGGCAGCGUGGGAUGACUACAUCGAUGUGGACCCGUUCGCGCCGCCGCCGGCCUCGACGGCGCCGCCGGCCGCCCCGGCUGCCGCAGCAGCCAAGGGCCGCAUCGUGAAGAUGGCAGAGGUGUUGGACCAAGGCGACGCCUUGGAGAUUCCUCUCGCGGACGACAACAUGCACAUCAAGUGGAGCCAGAACUACGGAGCACUCACUGGCGGUGAGCAGCCGCUCCACUCCACGCCAUACGCCGAUUUCGGCGUUUUCGGGCCCUUCGACCGCAAGGUCCGGCGGAACAUGAAGUUCCGGGCGUGGCUCCCGCUGCCUGGGGGCGGGUGGAUGGCCCGGGAGCUCCCGGGCCCGGCGAAUUUCGAGCAAUGGCAGGCGGCCUGGCGGGUCUUCGCCACGGCCUGCCUGAUGCUCGGAAUUGUCGCCAGGGCCGCGCUCGACGGUUGCGCCCGCCACAUCGAGAGGCUGAGCGCGCUGUGGCCGGAGGCUUGGCACCUCGUCUACAUGGCGGACGACAAGCUCCGUUGUGACCACAUCGAGCGCCUUCGCCGCUCGGUGCGCGCGGAUCUUUCUGCGGGGAAGCCCGCGCCGAGGGAGUGGGGCCCGGCCAAGCCGUGGACUGCCCUCUUCUACCUGGCGACGGCCGACAGGGACUACUGGAACGACCAGGUCACGAACCCGGCGACGGCCUGGGCGGCCAAAGGUGGCAAGGGCGUCCCAUUGGACCCAGACGAGCGGCUCGCCGUGCGGAUCCUUCCGGGUGGCGCCAGCGCAGAGCGGGAGAAGCAGGUAUGCUUCCAGUUCUCCAAGGGCUUCGGCGCCUGCCGCCUGGCCGCGCCGGGCUCGAGGUGCCCCGCCGGGAGGCGGCGCGUCUGCCAUGUGUGCUUCUCUCCGAACCACGCCGGGCACGAGAAGAAGUGCCAGGGCUGCGGCGGCAAGGGCGCAGACAAGGGCGGCUCCGGCGGCGGCAAGGGCCGCGGGGGCAAGCGGUGGAAGGGGUCGGAGUACCUACUGCGCCCAGCCCAGGCGUGGCCGCCGCGCCCCUGGGCUGCCUUUCACUACAAGGACACGCUUCUCUGGCCGAGGACGCACCCGUCCAAGGAGGCUUUCUGGCAGCGGCGAUCGUUCGCCUUCCACCACUGGCUGUCGGGCUCCGCGGAUUGCAACAUCGGUGAGGCCGUCGUGGCAGAGGCCUCGAAGGUCGGGCUGGCUGCCGCCCACUUCUGGCACGACGCGGCCAGGGCGAGGUUCGACGGCCUGCGGGCGGAUCUCGCGUCGGGGGACGCCGACGGCUUCCACGGCGGCGCCCCCGGUGGCGCCCCCGAGGCAGCCGCCCGCGCAGCAGCGCUAGUCUCGCCCCUGGAAGCCGCGGCGGCGUCUGCCUCGAGGCGCCUGCUGGCCCAGGCGACCCGCACUGUCGAGAUCAAACCAGGCGCGGCGCUGGGGCUCGUAGACUGGCCGCGGCAGGACGCCCACGUCGCGACGUUCCCGUUGUGCCGCUGGGACGUGGACAGCGGACUGCGCGUGUCGAUCCGAGGCUGGCUCCCGGGGCUCGCCUCCCUUUCUGGGGAGUGUCAGCACGAUUGGCACCCGCCGUCAACGUCGUCAGCCUCGGGGCGCGCCAGCAGCGCGUACCCGCGCUCGUUGUGCGACCAGUACGCCAGUCUGGUGGUGCGGGUGUGGCAGCUCACGAUCCGAGCCGAGUGGGCCCACUGGGAGUGCAUGCUGGCCCGGGGACGCCCGCGCCCGCGGGCACCGUCGCGCAAAGCAGCGAGGGAGAUGGAGAACCGCACUUUCCCCGGCGGCAUGCGCUGUCCUGCGCGGGCCGUUGGUCUCAAUCCUGGCCUUGCUAGGGCUGGGUCGGCGGCGCGGGCGGCCUUCUCCGCGUUCGUGGAGGAGCGGCCGGACGCGCUGGGCGUCGUCGACAUGCUGGGCAACCCCAAGUACGCGGGCCCUCCGGAGGAGAGCGUCGCAGACCUGCGCCGUCGAUUCCGGUCUGUUUUCGGCGCCCCGGAAGAGCGGCAGUUGUCUUACGAGCUCGGCCGGCGCUCCCCCCUGCAGGGCGCCCUCAUUCAGACGUGGCUCGAGGCCGCGGGCGACGCGGAGAGCCAGCUCCAGGACUGGAUAGAGCAAGGCGUCCCGCUCGGCAUUGAGAAGCCGAUUGUUCCAUGCGGGAUUUUCCCUCCCGUGGAGCCGACCGCGUCGGACAGGCACCUGCUGACGCUGGAGGAGGCCUUGUCGUCUGGAGUCGGCAAUUACUCGAGCCUCGACGACAGCCCGGCGGAUGCCGAGGCGGAGCUCGACAGGCUAGAGGGGAACGGCUUCUUCUUCAUUUUCGAGGAGGCGGAGGCCUUGAAACGCUUUCCGGACGGCUCCGUUGCCAGGCUCGCAUUGAUCCUGAAGCAGAAGGGCGACGGGAGCGUGAAACGCCGCAUCAUAAUCGAUAUGUUGCGGGGCGGGCAGAACGCCAGAGCGACAGUCCCAGAGAGGCCGGUGCUUCCGCGCGUCGCGGAUGUCAUCGACGACCUUCGGGCGAUGGUCCCGGCAGCACCGGCGAUGGAAAACAGCGUGUUGCUGGCAUCUGCUGACAUGCGGGACGCCUAUCAGCACUUCCGUGUCCAUCCCGCCGAGUUACGACAUUGUCUGACACGGGAUUGGCGCUCAGCAGUUGUCAUGGUGUGGGUGAUGAUGUCGUUCGGGCUAAAAUCCGCGCCGCUGCUGUGGGGGCGGCUGGCUGCGGCGAUGGCCCGGCUGAUCCAAGGCAUGUAUAUCCCCGGCGAGGCCCGCCUGCAGCUGUACAUGGACGACCCGUUGUGGGCCCUGACAGGGGUGCGCGAGGUCUGCUUGCACCCGGGGCCGCCCAGGUUCUCGAUUACCACGGAUGCUUCUCCUUGGGGCAUCGGGGCUACGCUGUUCGACAACAGCGCCGGCAUCAUUAUCGAGUACAUUGCCUCCGAUUUAAGCGCCGCUGAUGUGACGCAACUGGGAAUCGCCAUCGGCUCGUCCACUGCGCAGGCAGUUGCUGAAUUUUUGGCGAUACUUGUCUCUACCAGAGCAUGGGCACAUUUCUUGAAAGGUGCGGCAGCUACGCUCGACCUCCGUGUCGAUUCCAUGGCUGCACAGGGUGUGGCGCAGAAGCUUUCGUCCCCGAACAAGGUCUUGAAUUUCAUGGCGGCCGAGCUCGCGGCCACGCUCGAGCUCGCCAGAACAUCGAACCUGACCGUCGUUCACAUUUCAGGCGCUGUCAACACAGUGGCUGACUGGCUACGCCGUUUAACGGCCCCCGCGGACCAGCGAGGGCAGGACUGCAGCGGCCACGUCUGCAAGGCGAAGAACAGGAAGGUCAAGAACAGGGACGCCGACUUCUACAACCUCCCGUCCCCCGUCCUCCACCCGGACAUGUGGGGCUACGCGGAAAACUCCCAGGUGGGCUCAACGGCGUGGUCUUCAUUGCACCUCCGGGGCGGCACCGGCCAAGAGUUCCAGUAG